CGGCCAGAGGGCAUCAAGCUCCAGUCUUUGGUUGGCUAUGUCAGGCUUUAGGGGUGGACGCGGUCACGUGUUUCCGCAUGUUCUGUUACCUGGUUUUAAGGGACUUGAUGGCAGCUGCCACGCGUCUGGGCCUGGUGGGUCCCCUGGCUGCGGUUCGUUUGCAGAUGACGUUGUACGGGGACGCGGAAGCCGUGGUGGGGCGCUUUCUGGAACAGGAAGCUUCAGAAAGAGCAACAGGAGGAAAGGAAGGAGGGAGGGGUCCACGACAGGAGAAUCCAUUGCUGGAUAUUUUGCAAGGUGCCCACGAAAAAUUGUAUUCUCGACUGUUCAUAAGUUAACCAAUUGACGCACAAAGACAUCAAAUAAGUCGG